AUGACGUGCUCGCACAGUCUGGAGAGUUUCAGAUUUCAGGUGCUCGAUCAAGACGGUAUGGUCGACCCGGUCGGCCAACUCCUCUCGAACGACUUCGGACUGCUUGACCUCGUCUUCUUAGCGAUCGCGCAAGCGGUCGUACUUCGAUUGGACGAACUGAACGAAAAAGGAUGCGGAGGUGUGGAGCUCCUAAAGGUCCUCACUCAGCUGGCGAUUCUGGAUCAUCUGCUCCUCCAAAGCAUCCUCCAUAAUCUGGUAAUGAUCCACGACAGUGUGUUGGAGGUUCAGGCAAAGGUAAAGCAUUUCAUCGCUGCAUUAAAAGUGGCUCGAUCGACCGAACACGAGGCUUCGACCCGAGUUUGGGAGCAAGAUGGGCUCACUCGGAUCCGGAGUUAUGACGUUUUGGCCGGCGGAGGUCCUGUCCGGAGCGGAGAUCGAAGAGGAUCGCGACAUAGGGAUCGCGAUGAAAACCAACCAGAGCCUUCCCCCAUCUGGGACGACGUCACCACAGCCGAGCGAUCACACGCGGCCACUGGAACAGUGGAGGCGUCCGAGAUCACAGGACUGGUAGGCGUCGAGGUUCCUACAUCUAAAGUUGGUAUCGCAUAG